AUGAGGAGUGGGAAUGAGACAGAAACCACAGAUUUCAUUCUCCUGGGCUUCUUCCCUGAAUUUAAGCACAUCACAGCCAUGGCCUCCAUCAUUCUCCUGAUCUACGUGGCUGCCUUCACUGGCAACACUCUUCUGAUCCUCCUCAUUUGGUUGUAUUCCCAUCUCCACACCCCCAUGUACUUCCUUCUCAGUCAGCUCUCCUUAAUGGACUUGACUUUGACCUCUAGCAUUGUCCCCAUGAUGGCAGCCAACUUCUUCUGGAUGGCUGAGCUAUCAUUCAUGGCUUGUGGGACUCAAAUUUUCUUCUCCCUGACUGUAGCCAUUGCAGAAUGCAUCCUUAUAACUCUCAUGUGCUUUGAUCGUUAUAUGGCUAUAUGUGAUCCUCUCCGAUACCCAGUCAUCAUCAAUCCUAAGGUUUGCUUACAGAUGAUUGCCAUGUCUUGGGCUGGAGGGGCACUUACUUCCCUGGGCCACACUGCUUUUACCUUGCAUUUUAAUAUCUGCAGCCCCAGAGAGAUUCCCCUCUUCUUCUGUGAAGUCAUGGCUAUGCUUAAGAUCGUCUGUGAGGAUAUCACAGCCUAUGAGAAGGCAGUGGUGAUAACAAGCAUCGUUGUUCUGCUGCUGCCCUUAUCUCUUAUCUUGUCUUUCUAUGUUCUCAUCUUCCUUGCUGUACUCCGAAUGAACUCACCAGAAGGCAGGAACAAGGCUCUGGCCACCUGCUCCUCUCAUCUCUGUGUGGUGGGUCUCUAUUUUGGUCCAGGUAUGUGCAUCUACAUGAGACCCGGUUCUGCCAAGACUCCAAAGUUGAAUGAGGGUCUCUUUCUGUUUGGAACUGUCCUCACUCCACUCCUAAAUCCUCUUGCCUACAGUCUUAGGAACAAGGAAGUUCUAAGUGCACUGAAAAAGUUAAUGGGGGAGGUGUCAGUCCUCCAGGUAAAUGGCAGAAAUCCCAUUAUCACCCAUAGGCAAAACAAAGAUGCACCAGCAAAGGGGCAUUUUAUCAGUUAA